AUGGAUAUUGUUGAAUAAAUAGGUUUUAUUCAUUUUUGGGGAUUAUCUCCUGCUAUAAAUUUUAUCGAUAAAACAUAAAAAGGAAAAUAAUCAUUAAAUGUUCUUCUUGUAUGUACAUCAGAUAUACGACACAUACUUAAGACAAUUGCAGACAACUUAACGAAAAAUGAUUAAUUAAAAGAAUUAAAUAUAUAUGUAUAUGAAAAGGAAAAAGAAGUAACAUGUAGGAUGAUAUUAUUAAUGUAAAUACUUUAGACAUAUACAUUAAACUAUAAAGAAAGAAUAGAACUAUAUUUAGAUGUUUUUGGAAAUUGCUUAAUUAGAGAAAAAACAUAAUUAUAUAUAAAUGAAAUAUUGCCGACAUUGAUUAAUUUAAUAAAUAACGAAAAUAAAAAAACUAGUACACCUUUAAAAAAAUUAUUUGAUUUCAGUGAAAUAAAAUAUAAAGAAAUAGAUGAUCUGACAAAUAUAUUAAACUUAUGGCAUAGUAAAAUACCUUUUGAAAUGGAAAAACAUAGAGAUUAAAGAUUAAGAUAUCAUUAUAAAGAAAGAUACGAUUUUAGAACUAACUUAAUAGAUUGGGAUUAUUAAAUGGGUUUAAAGGAAUAAGCUUCUAUUAUUCAUUUUAUUCAUUACAGAGACUGGAGAUAGACAGGGGUUGCAUAUGAAUCUGGAUUUUCUUCAUAUAUUAUUCCAAAUAGAACUCUUUCAAGUUAUUUACCAGGGAAAAAAAAAAUACCCAAUAAAAUGUUUAUGUAAGAGGUUUUUGGGGAGAUAUUGUUAUUUCUCCUUAUAUUUCUAUAGGUAUAGAAUGUGAUUAUGAACCAGAAAAAACUAAAUUGUUUAAAAUUGCAAAUAAAUAACAUGUUGGUCAUUCAGUAGAAGUUUCUGAAUAUUUAAUUCAAUAUUUUCUACAAAUGAUAGACAAGUUAACUGAAUAUAGAAUGGUUUUUACUGAUCAAUAUAGAUCUGAUAAAUUUGAAAAAGAAAAAUAAGAGGAAGCAUUAAAAAUGGAUGCUAAUAUAAUUGAUAAAGUAAUUAAAGAAGAAGUAGAAUAACUGUAGAAUGCUAAAAUUUAAUAAGAAUUUUAAUAAAACAUUAAUUAAAGCUUAUAAAAAUAGGAAGAAAGUUAAAAAUAAGGAAGCUAAUAAAAAAAAGAAAUAUAAGAAUAUUAUUUAAAUUAAGCAAAUUAGAAAGUAAAAUAAUAAAAUACUGAAGAUUAAAUUACUAUGAGCAAUACUAGAAUAAGUACAAUAAUAG